AUGGUUGCACCCCUGCCACCGCCGAAACUCUAUUCACCGACACCAACACCAGGACCUCUACCGCCACCUUCUUCAUCAGCCCCAGUAUCAGCAACAACCUCAACCUCAGGUUCUCCUGCAGCGUCAACUCCGUCCCUCCCCUCCACCUCAUCCGCACCUGCAUCUUCCUCUGCACAAAUACGUACAUCCACCCCUACGCGGUCUGCAGCACCCUACCGUCCAGGCUUUCAGCCCAAGGGUGUGUAUCGGCCCCGCACGGACGAAUUUGCUGAAUACCGGACGAAACGUGUUGACGAGGGGCGGAUAGAACAGACAAAGCUAGAGCGUAGGCUCGAAAAGCUUAUCGCUCUGCAUUUUCCUGUGGAGAAUUCUGUUGAGAAAGGCGUGGGUGCGAGGAAAGAUGAGGCUAGUGUCAAUGGAAGGGGAAUGGAAAAGAGGAGGGCUUCGUCUUUUUUCAAUCUCGACCUUAAGAAUAUGGAUGCGAGUGAACUGUGGAAAGGGGUAUUGCAGAGCCAAAUGAUACAGGGCUCCAACGGUGAUACUCGAGCUGCAGAGCAGCGGAUAACACCUUGGCAGGACGAUGCUGCCGUAUCUAAAUGUCCUUUAUGCGUCGCGUCCUUUCACCCACUCACAAACCGUAAACACCAUUGCCGCCUCUGCGGUACCAUCAUCUGCAGUCUUCCUCCAAAGCUCCCGCAGCGCCAGAGCCCCUGUUCAGUGCUUUUCGUCGUCGAUGCCAAGACGCGGCGCAUCGAGGAGGUCGGGGAGGGCGUCGAUUACGGUGUGCGUCGUGCGGGUGCCGGCGAGGAGGAGAAAUUUCUCCGCGGCGUCAGAAUAUGCCGUAGCUGCAGGCCUGUGCUCACGCGACAGCAGUAUUGGCAGGAGAUGGCGAGCGUACCGCCGUUUGUAAGGUUCUAUGAUGCAUUCAUUAGUCUCGAGAAAGAGAUCGAGGAUGCGAUUCCCCAGUUUCAGGACCUGCUUCUUACACUCAGUAAUGACGACCAGCCAACCAAAGAAGCGUCCGCAGCACGGAAGCGUCUCCUGGAUGCCUUUGCUCAAUAUGAUGUUUUGGCCAAACGGAUACGUGACAUUCCUUGCAAUACAGGGUCUUCCCAGAACCACGUGCAGCUCGCAGUCCUCAGCAGGGCGAAUCUAUUUUUGCAGAAGCACAUGUUCCCAUUACAGUCCCUGCCCAAGCCUAAAAAGCGUGAUUCAUCAUCGUCACCUGUCCCUUUCGAGACACCACUUGUGGACCCCGAUUCAGACCUCGCCCAUACACUACAACCGCUUCUAGAACAAGAGGCUCUUCUCGAAUCCUUUGUCGGCGAGGCGAUGGCGCAUCGCAAGUUCGAAGAUGCGAAGACGCUCAAGGCGAACCUCGCCGAAAUCAGAGCCGAAAUCGAUCGUAUGCUAAGUGAUGCUGUGCGGUGA